AUGUGUUUUUGGGAUGCAAUUUUCGCUGCCGAUUCGUCGCUGUUUACACUGAAAGCGAAUACCGCUGAAGAUCUAUCGUUGCUACUUCAACAAGUUACUUACGUAAACAAUAAGAAUCCGCCAACACCUGGACACCGAACAUUUACGAUCAACACAACCGUCCAGUGCACCGAAAGAAAAACGGUAAUUUGCGAGGGAGUCUGCAAAAAAUUGUUGUUCCAUUUUGUAAUAAAGUCUACUGAUCCAGUAAUUUCGAUCAGUGGCUUGUCAAUCAUCAACAGCGAUCAGCAUCUUGUAAAAACUGGUGCACCAAUGCUGCCGGAAAUUAAGAUCACAGUCACUCAGAAUAUCAAUGGCGGUUUGUGUUUUCACUCUGCCCUCCUGUAUGCGCAUUUUGCUAAAAAAUUGAACUCAGACUUCUCUGUUGAAGAUGUUUUUGGCUAUUCUUGUUGA